AACUAGAGAGGCUGACCUGAGUAGCUGGAAAAUUUUCCAAAAGUUUGUCUCAACACACUCUAUACAUGUUAACUGAUCUUGAAAAAUAUGCAGGAAAAGUUACUUUUCUUUUUCAUUGUCUUGGUGGUGCUGGGGCUAUGUCAAUCUUCGAUCAAUCGGCGAAUGUCGUCAGGACAGUUUCUGGAGCGAAUAUUGAAUGGACGUGGGCGAACUGGACGGAAUCCUUCAACAGAAACUGAUACUUUGAAUGGAGAUAGACCCAUGAUGGCCAGAGGAGCAGGCAUGUUCAAUGCUUUAAACGACAGACAGCAAGGAGUUCUUCCAAACAGAAUUACUUCCAGACGCGGAGGAAUGUACAAUACCAACGGCAGACGACAGCGACCGUGUAAACGAAGAUGGUGGAGGAGAUGCUAAGAACUCACUCAAACAACACAAGAGGCCUUUCUGACAUUUCUCUGUUUUUGAAGUCAGUAGAUUUCCUAUAAUAAAUCCUUUUUCUUGAA